AUGUCGGUUGCACCGUGUGCAAACGAGGCAGAUUUUGUCCAGCUGCGGGUUUGCCAGUUGCGAGAUGCAUGCCGGGAGCGUGGUUUGGAUUCAACUGGCAAAAAAAAUGAGUUGGCAGCAAAACUGGCUGAAAAUGGUGGAUUUAGUCAACAGGAGGUGUUGGCUUUGCGACAAACAUAUCAAAGUGGAUCAUCACGACUCCAGGGGAAGAAGCCGGUGAGACUCAAAACAAGUGCCAAAAAACGUAAACAAAAGGGGCCAAAGAUCGGUGACACGGACUUUCGUAAACUUCUUUGGGCUGUUGCAGAUGGGACUUUGCGUUGUUCUUGUGGCAAGCCUCUGCGACACCGCAACGGCCGCUUCGGUCUCUUCCUUUUUUGUGCCUCUGGACACAUUGAAAGAGUGGAGAAAGCAGUCGCACGCAUGCAGGAUAUGGAAGAUCCGGUUGCAAUUGUUUUGGAGCUGGAAACACUACAGCAUGUGCGUCUCCAUUCCAAAGGUGCACGGGACUGCGCCAAGCUUCAAGCAUGGGCAGGCGAAGCCAAGUUUGGUUGCAGUGAGCCACGGGAAGAUUGGCUUGAUCCAAGCAAUUCAAUUCUCUAUGGCGAGCCGCAAAAUCCAGCAGACUCAAAGGAAACCAGUGGUUCCAACGAACAAGUGUCGCAGCGAGUUGGCUAUGUAUUUCCCCUGUGCCAACUCGAUCAGUUCCUAGAGGCUUUGCAGAGAGUCGCUGACCAAAUUGCAGAUGUUUCAGAAGCAACAAUCAGAAUAGAUACGCUUCCCACAGCUGUCAUACAAUACCUGAAGGACAAGGACUGGGUACCUGAAAGUGAUUGGGCGAUGGACUUGCUCAAUGGGAUCGACAAGGACUGGAGAAGUUGGCCUGAAGUGUUGACUUUUGAUGCGUUGAUGGAUCUUCUUCGCACCAAGGCCGUAGGGGUGUGGGAGCGAGAUCUUCUUAACGUGGCUGUUGCAGCAGGUGCUCCAGAGCCAGUUCAGUGGACUUGUCUUGGCCAAGGUCACGACCAAGAGGACCAAAAGGCAGUGCAAAAACCCCAAAGGGCCAGGCUGGAUCCUGAGGCAGUUCUGGCGAGAAUUGAAUUAGCACAGCGGGAGGCCAAGCGUUUGUGUCAAGCAGCUCUUCAUCGAGCUCCUGAUCUCUCACGUUUGAGAAGCUUUCAGUGGGAAGGUGUCUCUCGAGUGCUGGAGCUGGGAGGUCGUUGCCUCAUUGCAGAUGAGAUGGGAUGUGGCAAAUCAGCACAAGCGCUUGGAGUUGUGGCAGCUUACAACUUGUGGCCUGUUCUGAUCAUUUGCCCUGCAUGCAUGCGCUUAGUCUGGGCUGAAGAGCUAGAGACAUGGCUUCCAGCCCUUUUGCAACCUCGCCAUGUGCAUGUCAUCCACUCGUCCAAUGACAUGCUUCCGCCUGGGUCAUCCCCAAACAGUUUGGGGGACACACAGGUGGUCAUUGUUUCUUUUGCAAUGGCACGGCUGCUGUUUCAGAAUCUGGGUCAGCGCCAGUGGAGGAUAGCCAUUGUAGAUGAAUCCCAUUGCCUUCGAAUGAUCAAUGGAAAGGCUGGUCAGGCCACACAAGCAGUGCUUGAGUUGCUGAAACCUGUACCUCGUGUCCUGCUUCUUUCCGGUACUCCAUCACGGUCAAAUUAUCUGGGUAUUUUCACUCAAGCAAACCUGCUGCGACCAGGUUUGUUGGGAGACUCUUUCCACGCCUUUGCCCGUGACUAUGACGAACCGAGUUUGUCAUUUUCAGGCCAUUUGGUUCCAGGACGAUGUCGUCGUAGUUGGCAGUUGGCACUGUUGCUGCGGGAUGCGAUGAUGGUGCGACGGAAAAAAAGCGAAGUGCUGGAAGAUUUGCCUCCGAAGCAUCGGCGCAUCAUCCGCCUGGCGCUCUCUGCGAGGCUCUCGCGUUCACUCUCAGAGGCUGAAGCCUCUGCAUUGACAGACUUUGAACGCUGUGGUUUGUUGAAACUGGUGGCCGCUGAGAAAUGGUUGCUGGAGAAGUUGGAGGUCUGUGUUGCAGAAGGCCAAAAAGCCGUGGUUUUUGCACACCACAUCAGAGUCUUGGACCGGGUUUCCCAGGUGGCUGCCAGCAUCGACAUGAUUCGCAUUGAUGGGUCAACACCACCUAUCACUCGACAGAGCCUCAUUGCAAAAUUUAUGAACAAGGGUGGACCUUCCUUGGCCGUCAUUGGUGUCACUGCUUGUGCAGUGGGCGUCGACCUGUCUGCUGCAUCUCUGGCCAUUUUUGUUGAGUUGCCACCGGAUGCUUCAUGGCUUUGCCAAGCUGAAGACCGUUUACAUCGACACGGGCAACAGAAGGCAGUGGAUGUUCUAUUGCUGCUAGCAGCUGGAUCCCCAUGCAGAGUCAAAGGUCGUUGGACAGCCGCAGAGACGGCCAUGGCUGUCACUGCAGAAGAGCAGCGCUGGAUGCAGCUGCGCCAGCGCUUGAGGGAGGUGACAGCAUUGCAUGAUGCUACAGCUGCUACAUCUGCAACAGUCUCCAACUACCAGACAUCAAUACCAUCAUUGGCAGGACAUGCGGAUUUCAGCUUCGAAGUUUCACCUCACACUUCGCGUCUUCAUGUUUAUUCCAACGGAAAACCCCUCGGAUUGACCUUGAGAGCUGAUGUAGAGAGUCACUGGGUAGGGGAUAGUGCACAGCUUGAGAGGGAGGCUGCAGCAUUUCGACUGGCUUGGAAAGCGCUGAGUCCCUACCAGCAAAAGCUUGGGAGAGGAGUUGCCCACAAGGCACACGAAAUUCAAUUGCGAUCAGCGCCUUCUUUGUCUGGGUCUCGAAUCCGUUUCAGCCAGACAAGCCUUGCAGACGAGGCCAAGACUCUACCUCGAUGCCAAGUUAGUGUGCAAUACACACAGGGACGACUUGGAGGGCAUACCUUGAAGUUUUUGCAGCCGAUGUCCAGAGAUGAAGACUCUGAGCCGACCUUGUUGUGCAUGGAAUGCUUAAAAGUUCUGGAUUCUCACAGCAUCAAACCCAGUUCGCUGGAUGCUGCCCUGCCUGGCCCAGAUGGUGAGACAAUCAGUCACGAAGCCUCUGCGAAUGAAACGGACCUGUUCUGCUCCGGAAACUGUCGGGCACGGUUCUUUGGAAAGAGAAACGGCACCAGUUUGAGGCGACAGCUUUUCGACCUAGAGCGUGGGGUGUGUCAAAAAUGUGGAGUUGACUGUCACGACUUGUGGCAAACUCUGCUGACUUCAAGCCCUGAGCGACGGAAGAAGAAAUUGGAGGAGCUGGCGCCUGAGAUCAAAUCACCCUCCAAGGUCACAGAGGGUUCCCUAUGGCAGGCCGACCAUGUUGUGCCCGUGUGGCGCGGAGGUGGUCUAUGUGGCCUGGAGAAUCUGCAGACUCUUUGUACCGCAUGCCACAAAAACAAAACCAAAGAGGAAGCGAAAGAGCGGAAAGAACGGAGCGAGCGGAAGGAGGAAGGAAAGAGUCGGACUCGCAGUCCUGCCAAGAAGCCAAACAAGAGUCCAAAGAAGACUCAAGCGAUGAGCAAGACGAGCAAGACAUCCGAAGGUUUUGAAAGGCCGAGAAAAGGACCUUGGGCGCCCAAACUUUGGCCCCAAGGAUGUCUUAAAGGCACUCAAGCUGAAACCACAGGUUGGAGCCAGCUGAAGGACAUGUCGUACGGAAAGGGCUACGGUGACUACAAGGGCUACGGUGAGAUUCUUACUUGCUUUCUAUUCAAUGAUCUCCACAAUCCAAAGCAGGUGCAGAUCGCAAGCGGCUGGGGCAAGGGAGGCUUCUAUUAUCCUCCUUGGGAUGGCGGCAAGGGCAUGAUGUCCUACAACUAUGGCAUGAUGAUGCCUCCGAUGUUCGCUUUUAAGGGAAAGGGCAAGGGCAAAGGGAAGCGCAGCCCACAGCUGAACGUUGAUCCAGCCAAGAAGCUUUGGAUUGGAAACAUUCCAGAGGAAGCAAACUGGAAGGAUUUGCAGGCGUUGGUUGACAAGGCGGGAAAAAGCCGAUGGGUGGAGAUCUUCCGUGGCAAAGGCAAAGGUACGGGUGCUGUGGUGUACAACACUGCAGACGAAGCGCAAGCUGCAAAGGCCACUUUGAAUGGUGCGGACCUUUGCGGCUCAUCCAUCGUGGUUGAUUCCUGGGAGAAAGGUGAGAAAGCUUGA